AUGGCUGACUCUUUUGACGCGACAUCGGCCGUCAACGGUAGCUCAUUCGCUGCCACGUCCAAGAUGAGUACGUUUUCACAUGUCAUCGGCAACCCACAUGCCCCUGACAUGUACAAGAACGUGUCGAAUGGGCCGCUUGCACAGGAUGCCAAGAACGAAGCUGCAAAGGCCUCGGCUGACCUCUCCAACCUCGCCGCUUCCCGCAAGUCGUCCACCGUCCCUGCUGCCAAUGGCCAACCCAUGACGCACUACCACUCCUUCUUCUCGGAGCUCCUGUCGUGGAAGAACCCUCGUGCUUCUGCCAUCGCCUAUGCCUCGAUCGUCUCCCUCAUCUUUGCCGCCAGGUACCUCGACGUCAUUCGCUGGGCCUUGAAGCUGUCCUGGAUGACGCUCGCCGUCACCAUCAGUGCCGAGGCUGCCGGGAAGCUCGUCCUGAACCACGGCCUCGCCACCCAGAUGCGUCCCCGCCGAUACUACACCGUCUCGCGAGCGACCCUUGAUAGAAUCAUUGGUGACGCCCACGAGCUUGUCAACUUCUUCAUCAUCGAGGGCCAGCGAAUUCUCUUCGCCGAGAACAUCGCUACUUCUUCCGCCGCGGCCAUGGCUGCCUUCAUCUCCUAUUUCCUCGUCAAGCUGGUCCCCUACUGGGCUCUCGCUCUCAUCGGAACCACCGUUGCCUUCCUGGCGCCCCUCAUCUACUCCUCCAACAAGGAGCUCAUCGACCACCACCUCAAGAACGCCUCCGAUGUCAUCAACGCCCAAACCGCCCAGGUCCGCACCGUUGCUCAGAAGCAGGCUGGUCAGUUGACUGCCAUGGGAAAGCAGUAUGCCGGCGACUACACUGGCAAGGUCCAAGAGAUGCUCCGUGGCCGCAGCGCCUCCCCGGCCGCCUCGACGAAGCCUGCCCCCGUCACCAAGAGCCCCCAGCCCCCCGUCUCUGCUAAGAAGACUGAGAUGCCCAUCCCUGCCAAGAAGCCCGAGUUUCCCGCCCCCCCGACGGAGGAGCCCCGAAAGGUCGCUCUGCCCGACCUCGGCGACGCAGCAGGCGCUGGCCUCAAGAAUUCUGCUCCUGUUGCGGCCGAGAAGCAGCCGCUGGUGGCUCUCUAG